AUCUUCAAACGUUCCCGUCCCCACCGGCACCAAAAGCUCUCUACCCACACAUUUCAUCCCAGCAUCACAGACGGCACUGGUUCACGUAACUCUAUAGCGCUUAAGUGCGAAUGUCUGAGUACACGUAUAAUAUCGCGGCAAGGUCGCGGGGGGACAUGCGCGCAGCGAACGAUGUCACGUCACGAUCCGGGGGGUUAUCGGAAUAUAUAUAUAUAUAUAUAUAUCCUUCUCUUUCUAUCUGCAUAGCUCCACCUCGUGCGUGAAUCUCGCGUCCGGUCCACAGCGCGCCAACUACGCCCCGAGAGACGAUCACUGCAAGCCGUCGUCAGCAGCAGCACUAGGAGCUCGUGAGUGAGAACAGAAGAGUUGUGCCACCGAAACUAUAAAAAUGCUGCCGAGAUUUCUAAGGCCGACCAUCGCCGUCGCUCAGAACGGCGCCAAGCAGCUCUCCACCAGCUCCCAGAACAAUGCUAAGGUGGCAGUUAUGGGUGCGAGCGGUGGCAUUGGCCAGCCACUGUCUCUUCUGCUCAAGGAGUCCCCACUGGUCACCGAACUCUCCCUUUACGAUAUUGUGAACACUCCUGGAGUUGCUGCCGAUCUCUCCCACAUCAACACUGCCUCCAAAGUCAAAGGAUUCACUGGACCAGACCAGCUGAGAGAUUCCCUCAAGGGCGUUCAGGUUGUAGUCAUUCCCGCUGGUGUACCACGUAAACCAGGAAUGACCCGUGAUGAUCUUUUCAACACAAACGCAUCGAUUGUUCGUGAUCUUGCCCAAGCUGUUGCUGAGGUUGCACCAAAGGCCUUUGUCGCUAUCAUUUCCAACCCCGUCAACAGCACUGUGCCAAUCGCCAGUGAAGUCAUGCAGAAGGCUGGAGUUUAUGACCCUAACAGAAUUUUUGGAGUUACCACACUUGAUAUUGUCAGAUCUAAUGCCUUUGUUGGAGAAGCCAAGGGCUUGGACCCCCAGAAGGUCAAUGUACCUGUCAUCGGAGGACACAGUGGAAUCACCAUCAUUCCCUUGAUCUCCCAAGCUACACCAUCUGUGGCUUUCCCUCCAGACCAGCUGAAGGCUCUCACUGAAAGAAUCCAGGAGGCUGGUACAGAAGUAGUCAAGGCUAAGGCUGGUACUGGCUCUGCAACUCUGUCCAUGGCAUACGCUGGAGCUCGUUUUGCCUUCUCCCUGAUUAGGGCAUUGAACGGCGAAUCAAACGUUGUUGAGUGCUCUUACGUUAGGUCUAAUGUAACUGAAGCCAAAUACUUCUCUACACCUAUUUUACUGGGUAAAAAUGGAGUUGAAAAGAACCUAGGUCUUGGAAAACUCAACGAAUUCGAAUCGAAACUUCUUGCUGCAGCCAUCCCAGAACUCAAGAAGAACAUCCAAAAGGGAGAAGACUUUGUAAAUAAGAAGAAGUAAAUUAGGUCGAAAAAAAUAUAAUGAAAAACGUAUUACACCACAACACAGAAUGAAAAAUCAAUUAGAUUGAUUUUUUAUGCAGAAUGUUGACUAUUGUCGAAAACUCGCAGCAUUUACGAUCAAUAGUACAAUCAGAAUCAUGUAACAUCUUGUAAUAUACAAUUAUAAAUUAAAAUUUCAUUAGACAAAA